CCUGAAUCAAUUUCGCAAACAUCUUGGAGCAGCGGAACUGUGCAGUCACCGGUGUGUUCCUUCUGUGUCUCCUAAUAACCCUUACCUGCAUUUCCGGCCGGAACAGGAAGAAAUCAUCACAACUAAUUGUCUGUCAGAACGCUGUAAUUACUUCCUUGCACGAACCGGAGCAGUUGUUUGAGACUGGUGCUUUUGUGUAUCGUCUGCAACAGCUAGCGCGAGCAGGAAAAUGACUUCGUAAGCAGAGCUCCGAUUUUGCACGCGCCCUGCAGCAAUUUUCCGAGAAACACCCAGCAACAGGUCGUUCUGCUUGGCUCGUAAGGGGCAGAAUUUGGACUCUGGGGUCGCUGAAAGCUAGCUAUGCCGACAAGAAGAAGCCAUUUGGAGUAAAAACAAAGGUAGCUGCUCUUCUGACGGCUCCAUCAAAGAUCUCACACGACGGCUCGACGCUUUGCCUCGUUUACCCGCCCCAAGAUGCCAGAGAAAGCUGCAGAUUUGUUGCGCCCAGAGGCAAAAGACGGAUCCAUGCUGUUGUGUCAAAACCCCAGCUGUUCACACAGAAGACGAGCCAGCAAGGUUUGCCACCAUGCAGAGUGCAAAGAGAAGAACAACAAGCACCCUCUGAACCUGUGUGACCAGUGUGACAACGGCCUGCACUCUGGACAGCAUUUUGACGGGCACCUCCGAUUUGACCUCCCACCACAAGAACAACUUCAUCAUAUGGACCACAGAAAGACUUCAAGCUCAGUAAAAAGAAGACAGCAAGAAGACAUCACACUGAUGACCCUAGCCGAGAAUUCUUCACUGUGAAAUUUGACAUUGCAGAUUAUGAGACAGAAAUUGUUCCAGCAGUAAAAGGGAAAACCCUAAGGGAUGCACUUGCAGGUAUGAUGGACCGACGAGGCCUCACCAUUGACCAUGUCAACAUCUACCUGGACCAGUCCAGCACUCCCCUGCCUCUGCACUUCGAGACAUAUCCACUAGGGGGACACAGUCUACAUGUCAAAGGAAAAGAACCUUUGAAGGAUUCGGACACAGGCCUAACGAAAACAGGGCUUCACAGUGCCAAAGGCAACGUCAUGACUGCAAAACUCAAGACUCUCAGCCAGUCAAAAGAGGACCCAACAGGCAGCAGAAGAUCAUCUGGGGCAUACCGGCGGGCUUUCCCAAAGGCCAUCCCCCGGCGGCGAACCAUUUCCACCAGUUCCAUGUUCUACAGCGACCGUCAGGCUGAGACAUGGGCACGCCACCAAAUGAACCAAAACAACAAACCUUCCGAGGCGUUUGUUCGCCAAGCCCCCGAAAAUGGUACUGUCAGUGGGGUUUUCCCUCUGUAUGAGGGAGGAAACCUGACGUUUGUGAAGAGCCAAAGAAGUAGAAAGAACAUCAUGUCUAUUCUGGGAUCAUCCCAAGAUGUGGGGCCACUGAGUCCUCGGGAGGGCUCGGAUCGCAGCAGAACUGGGGGCAGGUUUAGCGCACUCUUCAACCCUGGAGCCCCUGUUGCAAACGAGAAAAGCGAGCAUUUGGCGCACAAGUUGAGCACGUACGCGCUGUAUGGACUUCCCAAGCUGCCCUCCCUCAUCUGGUUCUACAACAGAGACGAAGAUGAGUCCAUCUAUGAACUGGAAGCUUCGUGGACAGAGAUAGUCGAAGACAAAAGCAACAUGACUAAGAAACAGAUGGCGCAACAAGAGGCCUUGUGGGAGCUGGUGUCAACUGAAGUGUCCUACAUCAAGGGCAUCCGAGUAGUCGUUGACUUGUUCAUGUGCUGUCUGAUCAAUCUGCAGAAUGAAGCACUUCUCUGUGAGAUUGACACAGAGAAGCUGUUCAGUAACAUCCAAGAGGUGGAACAGUGCAACAGUGCAUUCUGGCAGGAUCACAUGUGUCAUGUGGUCACCAAGGCACGGCAGAGACGGGAACCACUCAAACCAUCCGAUAUGGAAGAGGGCUUCCUCGAGUUUGAGGAGAUGUUCCAGCCAUAUGUGAAGUACUGUAUGGAGGAGGAAGCUUGUGUUGCAUACAUGAAGGACAAGUUUCGGGACAAUGAUCUCUUCAAGCAGUAUGUGGAGUGGGGAGAGAGCCAGAAGCAGUGCCAGAGACUGAAGCUGGGAGACCUGUUGGUAAAGCCCAUGCAGAGAAUCACCAAGUACACACUGCUGCUCAAGGCCAUUCUCAAGAAGACAGAGGAGCCCAGCGAGCGGGAAAGUCUGGUCAGAAUGAUUGACAAAGUGGAAACCUUUGUGACCAAAGUGAACACCACCUUGCGACAGAGACAUGAACAGCAGCGUCUCGCAAGCAUCAUUGCUCGGAUCGAGUCCUACGAUGCAGUGGAACCUGGGAGUGACGAAGUGGACAGACUUCUGGGACAGUACUGCCAGAUCGACCUGACGGCCCCCAUGCCCGGUGCCGGGAUGAAAGACAAGAGGUACCUGCUGUAUGAGGGGCCCAUGAAGCUGAAGGAUGGGAAGGACAGCAAGGUGGAUGUGUACGGCUUCCUCUUCACCGACAUGCUGCUCAUCACAAAGCCAAUCAAACGUGGAAGUGAGAAGUUCAAGGUCAUCAAACAACCCAUGAUCAUGGACCGUAUUGUGUUGAGAGAACUGAAGGACCCGGGGAGUUUCUUGCUGGUGUAUCUGAAUGAGUAUAACCUGGCUACAGCAGCGUACAUGAUGCAGGCUGUCACGCCCGGGAAGGGGAAGUCUUGGAUCGAGGCCAUCAGGAAUGCACGCAAGAGCUACGAGACUCUUUGCCUCCGUACCAAGUGUGCACGUACAGACACUAUGACCUUGGUCACAAGCACCGAGGAGGAGAACGUGUACAACGUUGAGUCCGAUUCGGACGAGUUUGAUUUCCAGCUCAUACCCGAGUCACCCCCGUCAAAGACUAAAAGGAACAGCCUAACGCCCAAUGCAGAAGUCACAAACCCAAGCGUGGUGGUAACGGGUACAGAUGUAGAUAUCCCAGACUCGGACAUGGCGGAGGCUGCAGUGUCACGCCCUCAGGAUCUCAUUCUGCCCAUGGACACUCAUCAAGAGCUCCCCUCAAUACCGUCCCCAACCUCGCCAGUUCGCAGACGACCUCCUGUCUCCAAAAAGCCCAGCAUUUCACCCAGGAGUGUUCCGAGUAUCCAGGAGUGCGAUGCACAGAAUGAAGCCCAGAUGAUGUACCCGUCGGCAGAGAGUGGUGCAGAGAUGAAACUACACCUGAGCGGGUCAGAAGUGUUGCCGAAUGCACCACCAAACUUUACCAAGGAGCUGAGAUCCGGUACGGACACUAUAGGUAGGUCUGCCACGAGUGGGGGACGUAGAUCGCUUCCUUCAGCACAGUUCUUCCCCGACGAAGCUACAAACCAAACUGUGGCUAUGCAGUACAACAUACAGCAAAGCGCUAACCAUUCCGAACCAUUCCGAACAUACACCACCAUCGGGGCAAUACGGCAAGUGCAGGGGCGAAGCAGCUCUGUCCGAUACACAGAGGAGGAGAAGGCAGAUGUCCAAGUGGACGUGAGACGCAGUAGUAGCGACUCGAGAAUGGACUCGCGAACCAGAAUCAAGGACAAGAGCAAAUCUACGUCUGAUCUCAGCCAUACAUUAGAGAGUGCAGAGGAGGAAGAGUAUGUGGACAAUAAUGCCAACAUGCACUCAGACUCACACAUGAAGGCUUCUCAAACAAUGAGUGACUUGAAGGAUGGGAUUGCAUCUGUACCUGCACCUGUGGCGCCGGCAAGAACCAGACGGAAACUGUCUCGAGAGGAGCUGGCACGCAUCAGAAGAUCUCUCAUCAUGAGCACUACAGUCACAGCAUCGCAAGUUUGAAGUUCUGUUGCCUGUCCUCUUCAUCAACAUACCUGAAAUGCAGCACUGCAGGGAGGACACACACAUGUACCACACCAUGAGGUGCCCAAACGCAGUUCAGACGUCAUACAUUCUUGGACAGAAGUGGCACUACAGGGGAAUGCAGUACAAGGAUAAGGCUUCCUGUUGAACUUACUGGUAGAAUAUUGCUACAAAAUCGACAAAUAUACAGCACACUGUUUUUAUUUCCACAGUUUUUUUUUUUUUUUAUAAAAAUGAAUUGAAGGCAUUAUAGAGGUGAUACUAGCACCAAACCUAAGAGGGUCAACUUUGCUUUAGUCACUACAUGUUUCUCUUGCAAGACUUAGACACACCUUAAUGGGGUAGACACAGAAGAUGCCGUGCAGAAACUUGUAUGCUGUUUGGGUGUCUUAUUUAGCUAUUACAGUGUGACAGAACAAACAUAUUGUUAGUAUUUUACUGAAGGAGUAUCAACAAGAGCUAGUAUAGAUCCUGCUCGCUAACUUCUCUAUCCUUACCGUGUUUUCCUGUUUUUAGUUGGUAUAUUAUACAUAUUCUUAUACUUUGAGAUGAAUUUAUCCAAGUAAUAAUUGUUGCUUGAAGUGGCAGGAACCAGGUUUUUCUAACUAUGGCUGGGUGUUCAUUUUCCAUUGUUGCAGUUAAAGAGGAAGGUCUCCACAAAACCUCUGUCCUAUCUUGGUGAUAGUCAACUGAUGUUAUCUGUUUUAUAGUAGAAUUUGCACGAAAGUCCAUCUUUAUGUCCAACAGUGGGCCUUAAUGGCUUCUGUCUCGUCACUUCCAGAGAAGUUUUUGUGCUGAUAGUGAAAUAUAGGACGUCUACAUGUUGUCUUCCUUAUUGUUAAAUUUUGUGGUGCUACAAAUGUUUGUGUUCUGGAUAGUAAUUUUGAAAUUAAUUGUGUACGUCAUCUGUUUCAGUGGUCAGCAUGAAAGGAAGGUUAAAAUACUAAUGAUGGAAAAUAGCCACAAUAUCAUAAGACACGCCAGGAAAAUCAGAUAAGCUUCUGAAAAGAAAAAAAGGUGUUCAGGACUUUUGAAAAGUUUCACUGCUGUAAAUAUGUGUAUAAAGCAUCUGUAUAAAGUGGAGACUACGUAAUAUAAUUUCAGGUGGCGGAAAACAUAUUACUCUGAUUAUAUGACAAGUAAUAACGAUUUAAUUUAUUAAAGUUUCAUACAAGAUGCGUUUUGGAACCAAGUGCAACUGGCUUUUAACAGAUGAAUAUUGUACAUUGUGAUUUCCUUUGUUGUCUUGAAUUGAAAUUUGGUGUAGGUUUUGAGAAAUGUUCAUAAGAAAGUUUGAAUAACAACAUUGACUUUGCACAGUGUGGAAUUUCUAUUGUAUUUUGAGCAUUCAUGACACUUUGUAGGAAGAAUUAACUACUAAAAUUCAAAUCUCUGUAUCAUGAAUAAACACAGACAUUGCGAUUAUUUCUGUGAUUAUAUAUCCAAACGUUAGGCUACUAGGCCUACAUGAGUUUGUUAAGUAUACAAUGACCCAAAUUCUCAUUUUUUUACUGAUAAAAAAUUUUCAUCUAAGCCAGGAUUGAAACCUGUAAUAUUCAAAUAGGAGGAAUUAGUUAAGUCUACAGCCAUGCUGGAGCUGUUUGUUUUGUAUUAUUUUUCUUUUGUCCACAUUUAUACUCAGAAUGCCAGGAAUGAUGUAUUCUGUGCUAUUUCUUCAUCUAGGUGGUAAAGUCUUGUGCAGAUAUGGAAAGAACAAAACAUGUACAUAUAUUGUAUAACUUUUAUUACAAGGUCUGGGACCAUACAUAUUAUAUAUAUAUUGUGUUGUCUGUUGCAUUUUGUUUGGGAGUAUGAUAUUAUGAAAAGAGUACCUUAUUUUAUUCUUUCAUUGUUACCUGUUUCCGUAAGUGUUAGCACUGUAUUUUGUAUGGUGUGGCAUAUCUGGGAGUUAAACAUUAAUUGCACUUGAUGAAUUCCAAGCAGAAAUUUAAGUUUCUUCCAUCAAGCCAAUCAAGGUUUUCAAAUCAACGAUGACACAAUGACUGUGAAGUUACUACUCUGGCAAGCAGUAAGGAAAGGUUUUGUGCUACAACUGUGGUUUAAGCUGUUGAUUGGCCAGUGAAAAUGGACUGCAUCGAAGUCAGAUAUGACCAAAUCCAUUCCAACAGAAGACAAAUGUGUAUAUAUAGUUGUAAUUCGAGGAUUAAAACAUGAAUUGAAAGGAACGUGGAAUACAAAAUCGGCAAUGCUGUAAGUUGAGAAUUUAAUAAAAGUGUGGUUUAACAAUUGGA